CCGGAGCGCAUGCGCAGGCGGGUCGUGGGCCGAGUCGGCGGUCGGAAGGGGAGUUCAAGGAGACCCGCGCGACCGCCUGCUCGCGGUCGGGGCGGCCGCCGUCAUGCCGGGGAUAGUGGAGCUGCCCACUCUGGAAGAGCUGAAAGUGGAGGAGGUGAAAGUCAGCUCUGCUGUGCUUAAAGCUGCCGCCCAUCACUAUGGAGCUCAGUGUGACAAGCCCAAUAAAGAGUUUAUGCUUUGCCGCUGGGAAGAGAAGGACCCAAGGCGCUGCCUCCAGGAAGGCAAACUAGUCAACAAGUGCGCACUGGAGUUCUUCAGGCAGAUAAAGCGUCACUGUGCAGAGCCUUUCACUGAAUAUUGGACCUGCAUUGAUUAUUCGGGCCAGCAGCAGUUCCGGCGCUGCCGCCCACAGCAGGCAAAGUUUGACGAGUGUGUGCUGGACAAACUGGGCUGGGUGCGGCCUGACCUGGGGGAACUGUCUAAGGUCACGAAAGUGAAAACAGACCGACCUUUACCAGAGAAUCCCUAUCACUCCAGAACAAGACCGGAGCCCAACCCUGAGAUAGAAGGGGAUCUGAAGCCUGCCAAAUACGGCAGCCGCUUUUUUUUUUGGACCUCGUAAAGAUGAGUCCAUGGCCCACACUCGGUCAUGCGCCCAGACAACAACUGCUGAAAACGCCCAUGCAGUUUGCAUCAACCGAUAGUGUGUGCUUUCCUGGAUCACAAACAUUAACAGAAAGGUUAAUUUAUGUGACUUGGCAGUUAUUCUAUACCAUUUCCUGUCCAUUAAAAAUUUUAAAGGAAA